AUGUCCCAAACAGUCAUUCGGAUCAACAGUCCCACGAACUCAAUUCACAACCUCGAGGCAUUGGAGAUCAUCCCCGAGCCCGGCAAGAAUGAGGUCCUGAUCAAGGUCCACGGGGUCUCUCUCAACUAUCGUGGUAUUGCUGUCUCUACCUCGCUGUACAUGGCAGCUGUUGUGGUGAAGGUCGAUGAAAAUGUCAAGAAGCUGGCCGCAGGAGACCACGUUAUCGGCGAUCCCAUCGAUAGCAUUCUCCGGGAAUACGUCUAUAUCCCAGCGGUGUCGGUCUUCCAGGUGCCUAAGGAGUCUCCCCUCAUUCUGCAAAAUGUAUUGUAUGGGAACAUCCCCCUAAGCCCGGCCAGACAGUUCUCCUACAAGGUAUGCACCGGGGCCGUUUCUAUUACUGCCCUGAUCCUCGCAAAGGCAGCAGGCGCAACAAUCUUCAUGACAUCGUCGAGCGAUGAAAAGCUUGAAUCCGUGCAGAAAGCCUGGGGCGUGAACUACACUAUAAACUACAAGACGCACCCCGAAUGGUCGAAGGAAGCUCUUCGCCUGGCUAACAGUGAGGGAGCCGACUACAUUCUUGAGAAUGGCGGCUCUGGUACUAUCGGAGAGAGCCUCAACGCCGUGAAAAUGGGUGGAAAUAUCUCGGUUAUCGGUUUCCUCUCGCAGAUUGAGCAGUCCAAGAUGUCUGAUGUGGCUUCUCUCACACUCGCCAAUGGAGCUGUCGCGCGCGGUAUUGUUGUUGGAAAGCACGCAGGUCCUACAGGAAGUGGUUCGUUUUGUUGCCCGCAAGGGAUUGGGUUUCCCUGA